GCGAGGCUUAGGCGCCUGCCAGUUUCCUUCCGUGAGAUUCCGAGCUGGGGUGGGCGGAGGGUCCUGCAGUGAAUUCUGGGAACACCGCAGCGCUCUGGCCUUUGUUUUCGGCUCUAAAGCUGCGUUUGGUUUCCCGAGGGUCCUCCAAGGCUGCAGUUCCCGGGUUCCCGGCUCCCUGCGGAGGCGCCCCUGCUUCCUCCCUCAAUUUUCGGCUGGCGCGGGGGCCCUGGAGACGCCGCCAGCAUGUCGGGGGUGCGCGCUGUGCGGAUCAGCAUCGAGUCGGCCUGCGAGAAGCAGGUCCAGGAGGUGGGCCUGGAUGGCACCGAGACAUACCUGCAGCCGCUGUCCAUGUCGCAGAAUCUGGCGCGUCUGGCUCAGCGGAUCGACUUCAGCCAGGGUUCGGGCUCCGAGGAGGAGGAGGCGGCGGGGGCCGAGGGCGACGCGCAGGACUGGGCGGGCGCCGGGUCCAGCGCGGACCAGGACGACGAGGAAGGGUUGGUGAAAUUUCAGCCUUCCCUUUGGCCUUGGGAUUCAGUGAGGAACAAUUUAAGAAGUGCCCUGACAGAGAUGUGUGUUCUCUAUGAUGUUCUCAGCAUUGUUAGGGACAAAAAAUUUAUGACUCUUGAUCCCGUCUCUCAGGAUGCACUUCCUCCAAAACAGAAUCCUCAGACGUUGCAGUUGAUAUCUAAAAAGAAGUCACUUGCUGGAGCAGCACAAAUCCUAUUGAAGGGGGCAGAAAGACUGACUAAGUCAGUUACUGAAAACCAAGAAAACAAGCUGCAGAGAGACUUCAACUCUGAGCUUUUGAGACUCAGGCAACACUGGAAGCUUCGGAAAGUUGGAGAUAAGAUUCUUGGAGAUCUGAGCUAUAGAAGUGCAGGAUCCCUGUUUCCCCAUCAUGGUACAUUUGAAGUAAUAAAGAAUACAGAUAUUGACCUGGAUAAGAAGAUACCUGAAGAUUACUGUCCUCUUGAUGUCCAAAUUCCUAGUGAUUUAGAAGGGUCUGCAUAUAUCAAGGUUUCAAUUCAAAAACAGGCUCCAGACAUAGGUGAUCUGGGCACAGUUAACCUUUUCAAACGACCUUUGCCUAAAUCCAAACCAGGUUCCCCACACUGGCAGACGAAAUUAGAAGCAGCACAAAAUGUUCUAUUAUGUAAAGAAAUUUUUGCACAGCUCUCUCGGGAAGCUGUUCAAAUUAAAUCACAGAUCCCUCACAUUGUGGUGAAAAACCAGAUUAUCUCUCAGCCCUUUCCAAGCUUGCAGUUAUCUAUUUCUUUGUGCCACUCCUCAAAUGACAAGAAAUCCCAAAAAUCUGCUACUGAGAAGCAAAGUCCAGAGGACCAUCUUUAUGUCCUAGAGCAUAAUUUGCAUCUACUCAUUAGAGAGUUUCACAAACAGACCCUAAGUUCCAUCACGAUGCCUCAUCCAGCAAGUGCACCUUUCGGCCACAAGAGAAUGAGACUUUCAGGUCCUCAAGCUUUUGAUAAAAAUGAAAUUAAUUCAAUACAAUCAAGUGAAGGGCUUCUGGAAAAAAUAAUUAAACAAGCAAAGCAUAUAUUUCUGAGGAGUAGAGCUGCUGCAACCAUUGACAGCUUAGCAAGUCGCAUUGAGGAUCCUCAGAUACAGGCUCAUUGGUCAAAUAUCAAUGAUGUUUAUGAAUCUAGUGUGAAAGUUUUAAUCACAUCACAAGGUUAUGAACAAAUAUGCAAGUCCAUCCAGCUGCAGUUGAAUAUUGGAGUUGAGCAGAUUCGAGUCGUACACAGAGAUGGGAGAGUAAUCACACUGUCUCAUCAGGAGCAGGAGCUGCAGGAUUUCCUUCUGUCUCAGAUGUCACAGCAUCAGGUGCAUGCAGUCCAGCAGCUCGCCAAGGUGAUGGGCUGGCAGGUGCUGAGCUUCAGUAAUCAUGUGGGCCUGGGGCCCGUGGAGAGCAUUGGCAACGCCUCUGCCAUCACCGUGGCCUCCCCGAGCGGCGACUAUGCUAUUUCAGUUCGUAAUGGCCCUGAAAGUGGCAGCAAGAUUAUGGUUCAGUUUCCCCGUAACCAGUGUAAAGACCUUCCAAAAAGUGAUGUUUUACAAGAUAGCAAAUGGAAUCAUCUUCGUGGACCAUUCAGAGAAGUUCAGUGGAAUAAAAUGGAAGGCCGAAACUUUGUUUAUAAAAUGGAGCUGCUUAUGUCUGCACUUAGCCCUUGUCUACUAUGAUUUUUUUCCAGAGCACUUUUCCAGAUUUUUUUUUCCAGAGAAAUUCCCAGAAACUUUGACUUGAGAAAUGUUUGCAGAUCAACUAUAAGCACAAGGAAGAGAAAUCUUCCAAAGGAGUCUUGUUUUUUAAAGUAAUAAUUAGCAAAUGUUUACCUAGCAUUUUGAGACCGUUCACUUUAAAAGUGACAAGUGCUUUGAAAUGCACAAGUUUAUGUACAUUUAUAGGGUACACAAGUUUGGAGAGAUGUAAAAUACUUUUUUUAUGCAGUUGACUUGGAAUGUUACUAACUUAUGGGUUUGAAUUUGCUUUUUAAAAUAUUCCUCUGAUGUUGACAUCAAAUAAAGCAUAUGGUUAAAAAUUCCAGACACUCUGAGCUCUUAACCUAAAUGAACUGUGUCUUUAAUCAGCUUGUCUCAUUCCACUAUUUGUUAAAGAUUGUUUAAGAAUAAACACUUUCAAGACCCAACCUUCUUACAGGAAGGAAUUCCCUCACACUGAGGGAAGCAGAUCCUUUUCCUGAAGUGUUACAGAGUGCAUGCCAGCACGAGGAGCUGGUCCUCCCCUCCCCACCACAGCUGUAAAAGCGAGCUCUUGUACUAGUGAGUUAAGUCCCUUUUCCUCAGCUGCAGGCGUGGGGAGCAGAUUGUACCUCGGGCUGCUCUCCCACCUGAGUGACCUCACUCCCUUACCACGCCCCUGCCCACGCGCGCCUCGCCCUGCUGCUGGCGGCCCCCAGCCUCAGCCAGCAGCCCUGGGUUGCUGCUUCUGUUUAAAGGUUUGGCCUGUCUUAUUCCAUUAGCUUUCAGCUUUUUCUCAGGGAAAAUACUAAUGGAUAAGUGGAAUACAUUUUGCAAAUAACAUGAACUUCUUGGAAAUAGUGCCCCAGUCUAAAAAGUGUCUGAGGAACUUCCCUUCAUAAGAGAUGUAGGCUUAUGGGCCUUUUGCAUAAAUAAUCUCUAGGUAGUAAUUUCCUUAUGAGUAAGGCUUUCCAUUUUUAAAAGAUAUCCCUUUAAUAAUUUAUAAGGUGACUGUGAAUAACUUUUAAGAAGUUAUUUUGUAUUUGUAUGAAACAAACUUUUAACUUUUAAGAAGGCCUUUGUAUUCCUCUACCUUUUUUCUUUUAAAAGAUAAGUGGAGCUUGUAAGCCAUAAAAUAGCAUAAUACCUUUGAGUUUUUGUUUGCUUUUUUCCCUCUGAUUAAGGUACUGCAUCUUUCUAUCCAUAGAAAUUAAAAGACUGGUAUGAAUCUGCAAUUAUUUUGAAAAUUUCUAGUGCUUCAUAAGCUAUAGUGGCCCUUAGCUAAUUUUACUAAGCUAACCUCUACACUUCUACUCACAUAAGGAGUCUUAUGAGGCUCACACUGUAGUACAGUGAAUCUCAAACAUUCUCCAAAGGACUGGUUUUUUUGUUUUUUUGUUUUUUGUUUUUAUAAUUUCCAUCCAUUGCAGAUUGAUACCUUGGUAUAAUACAGUAAAAUAAAUUACUAGAAAAAGUUAUAAAAAUAAAA